ACUCUGGUUACUGUUCGUGUUAAGUGUAAUGUCUGUCAUUCAAAAUACAAGCAGAAUAUAAUGUGAUUGAUUGAUACUAGUGAAGAACUCAUUCAUAUGAAUCACCAACUAAUCUGAAUGGUCGUCUUAUCUACAAUUUUGUCGUUGAGAUCAUACUUUAAUUGAAUGCACAUAUGAAGAGAUGGGUAUCCGAGGGUUGUGGACGUAUAUACGAAGUAGCGGUGGAAACUUAUCCGUGUACGAAUUGCAUAACCAACCUUUAGUUAUUGAUGCUGAGAACUUUGCUGCUGUAUGUUAUCGUGAAGCUGCUUUGCGAUGUGAAUUUGGUGGAGAGUAUUUGGCAUUUAAGAGUUAUGUGCAGUCAUUGUUAAAAGAGUUUAGUAUCUGUGGUGUGGAGCCAAUUUUCGUUUUCGGUGGAUGUCAUCCGAAAGAGGGAACAAAAUUGGAUACUUUGAUGAAGCGGAACAAGGAGUACUUUAAACAACUCUCAUCGGCUCUUCUGAUCGCUAAGUCAACUUACAGCACAGAGUUGAAAAUCGAUAUAGCUCCACGACUUAACAGAAAUGUUCUCGUUGAAAUUCUGCGUGAAUCUUCAAUUCGAUACGUAGCAUGUGAACGUGAAGCUGUUAUUAGUACAGCAGAACUUGCUGUUUAUCUUCAAUGUCCUGUUACCAGUAAUAAUUCUGAUUUUUUUAUUUAUCGACCAAAUGAUAAUAAUCAAGUGUAUAAUUUUAUUCCAUUUUCAACCAUUUCACGUUAUUCUAUGAAGAGAUCCGUCCCUUGUUCUAUUUGUAAACGGAAUGGUGUUCCGUGUUAUUUCAUAUCGUGUUCAAUUCUUAAUAAUUCAGGACCAUUUUCUAAACUCAAGUAUCCUAUGUUACCACUUUUUGCCAUUCUCAUUGGUAAUGACAUGAUAUCAAAUAUUCGCCUUCCAACUAUCAUCGAUUCACUAAUCCGUACUUCCAACCUACGUAGCAGUUCCUACUAUCAAAUACGUAUCGAUGCUAUAUUUAACUGGCUGUUAAGUUUCCGUGACAUGGAAGAACCAUUGUCAUUGGUGUUGUCACUUUACAGCAAAAACGAGAGGGAUAGUAUUGAAAAGACAAUCCGUUUGGGGAUUUCGGAUUAUGUUCUAAACAGUUCAGGCGAAAACCUGGCUCGUGAAUUAGGCUUUUCGACUAAACACAAUAUCUCAUUAAGUGUUUCAUUGUCAAGCAAGAUGGGAAAUCUGAACAUUCAGGAUCCCACAACUUGUCGAGGUUCUUACUGUGAAGAUGUUUGCAAAUUUUCUAAACCUGUAUUGGAGAGAAAUGAUGAUGAUGAAGACAGUAUAUUUCACCGUUGGCCGAAAGAAUUGGUUAGGCGAUUUAUAUUUCUGGACUUAACUCCAUCCCUAUUUGACCACAUGUAUGUACGAAAUGGUGCUUUUUCUCGUCUAGUAAUGGAGGACAUAAAGAUUCCUAAUUCGCUUGAUGAAUGUAUGUCGAAGAUGAGAAGUGCUAUAAAUGGACUUAUAUAUGGACUUGAAAACCACUUGGGCACCAAUGGAAAGUUAUGUGGGAUGGAGAAUGAGUGUGUCACUGAGUAUAGAAGAAACGUGGAUGGUGAUUUGACGAAGAUUUUAAUUUCGGUGAAGCCUCUGAAACCCCCUAGUGCUGAAACGCCUGAAUUGUCGUUCUUAUCUUUUUUCGCGAAAAUUUUCAAUGUGAAUUUGGAGAAAGAUUUUAAGCCUCUUGAAAUACAAGGUUUGGCUAUUUUAUUAGUUCUAUGGUUCAGAUGUUCGUCUCAUGCUCAAAACGAAGCUAAAAACAUUAAGACAUCGCCGGUUGCACUUGCGCUAUCAUGUUGUACAAUCGCAAUGAAUUCAAACCGUGAGUUUCUUGGUAGAAAUCCUGAUGGUGAUGGAGGUUUUGUUAACUCUAUUCACACACAUCUCGAUAAAUGUGCUGAUGUGGCCAAAUCAACUUGUUGUCAAGAGGUAAAUAAACGUUGCUUUUGUAUUGAGCAAGUUCACCAACUUAAUGAAUUGCAACAUAUGGCCACUGGAUUAAAGCAUUUAGUUGCAAUGAUUGAGGUGCUUUGUCCGUUUUAUAUGUCAAAUAGUAAUAAGUUUGAUGGUUGUUCACAUUUCAGAAAUCCUUUCAUAAGCUUUUAUCCAUUCUGGAUGUUAUUUGCCAGUGGACGUCUUUUAUAUUGGAUUAGUCGACUUCUACAAAAUAUUGAUCCAUCUGAACGUUUCCAUAAAGUCAUGAGUGAGUGGCUUCCAAAAUUGCUUAUAAGAACCAAUUCUGUACGUGAACAAGAAGAUUGCGCCUCAAAAGAUCUUACCAAACUUUUCAACCUAAUUGAUAAGUUGAACUGUUAAGAUUUACUCACGGUUAGGUUUCUAUUAUCGACGUUUUGUUAUUUGUUUUAUUAUUUCUGAUAGACUGUCACUUUUUAUUUAUAAAAACAUACACACGCCACACUUGGAUGGUUUGUUGUCGUAACUAAUUCUUAUGCCAUACUUGCACACCUAUUUUCCUAAUAACUAGAAUCAUUCAAUUAUUUUAAUAUACAUUUCAUCAAUUCA